CUUCUCAACAUGGCAACAAGCUCGCCCAAGUCCCUGCCAAUCGCCGCCACUUCGCCGCGCUCACGCUCGGACGCAUCAUCCGCUGUCGAGGACGCACACGAGCAAAUCCAGGCAGACGUGCAAACUCUGCUGACCGAAAUGACAACUUCUUUCAAGUCAUUCUCGGAAACAAUAUUUGCAAAAAUUGACGUGAUGCAAGACAAGCUUGCCGCUCUAGACAGAUCUGUUGCAGACCUGGCGAGUACCCCAGCUCCAAUAGAAUCAUCUUAUGAACAGCCAACAAAAGGUAAAGACGUGAUUCCCACAGUCUCAAUGGAUGAAUCAUGAUUCUACCAGACUUGCGCAUAUCUCGUCCUGGUUCAAAUUUCUUUCUAGCCACGCGUUUUCGCUUCGUUGCUGCGGAAACUUAUCGUCCUUUCAAUGCCUCCUCGCUACUUGCGCGCAGAUUUCUUCUUAUCAGAUAUGACAUGGCAUGUCGUACAUGUACUGAGUUGGUGCUCGAGUGUCUGUAUCGUACUUUAAAUUGAAGGCAUGACCUGUUUUCAUGGAUCCGGGAACGGCAUGUGUGCACGGCAUCGCAGUCGAGCUGUUGUUUUUGCGCAUCGCUGAUCUCAUAACUCAUCGUAUUCAGUGCGACGAUGCGCACAUGUUCUUAUCACUUUAGAGAUUGCCAAAAGGCUUGCCUAGCGGGAUGCGUGAUAUGCGUGGAGGGUGCGGAUUCUGCGCAGGUCUUUUCACAUCUCAUUGCUCACGUGCAAAUUGUUGCAAAUCGGGCGGAGAGGGAGAACUAACGUCAACAUGGGUAGCAUUCUCUUCUAUCCAAAGAUAGACUCAUCGCAAACAUGCCUCUUACAUAUACCAUUUACAAGAGACGCACAAGUAUUUUCAAAGCUUGAGGCAUGUCUCUUUUGGGAAUCGUUUCAUGAUAUCCCUUUGCGCUUCGGAUCGCGGCACAGAAGAGGUCGAUCGAGGCUGUCAUUUUCGUGUUGCAUCCAGGGAAAAGCUGUAAAGUGGUGCAUUCGUUCAGUGCGUGACCGGAAGAUUUCCCCUUGCUCUCUCUAG